CUGCACUCCGCAGUUCAUGCGGGGAGGUUAAGUUUUCAUAGAUCACGCCGUGAGAACAACCUGAAUGAUUGCCGUUUUUAUAGUAAAUUAAAUUAUUUAAACAACAGUUAAUCUGUGAAAAUGGGUCGCCAUAAAAAGGGACGAUGCGUCAGAAAAAAUAAGCAAAUUGAUAACUUAGAAAAAGAAGAGUAUGUGAAAGCCCCUCACUCGUUUGUCAUUCAUAGAGGAUUACCUGGGGAACAUAUAAUUGAACUAACUAAAGAUUUUCGAAGAGUUAUGGAGCCAUUUACUGCUAGUGAAUUAAAAGAACGUAAAAGAAACACUAUCAAAGAUUUUAUUUCUGUUGCUGGAGUGUUUCAUGUGACAAACAUGUCUAUAUUUACAAAGACUGAACUUGGAAUGUAUCUCAAACUCUGCAGAGUACCAAGAGGUCCUACUUUGACAUUUAAAAUUCACAAUUUUGCUUUAGCUAGAGAUGUUAUUUCAACAAUGAAAAAGCAGCUUGUAUUUGAUGAAGCUUUUAAGCACUCACCAUUAAUCAUUUUGAAUAAGUUCAGUGGAGAGGGAAUGCAACUGAAACUGAUGGCUACAAUGUUUCAAAAUAUGUUUCCAACUAUCAAUUUAGCUACAGUCAAUUUGAGUAAUCUUAGACGUUGUGUUUGUAUAAAUUAUGAUCUUGAAACUAAACUAAUAGAUUUCAGACAUUAUGCUAUCAAAGUUGUUCCGGUUGGUUUAUCUAAAGGUGUAAAGAAAUUAGUCCAGGCAAAAAUACCAAAUUUGGCUCGCUGUGAAGACUUUUCUGAUUUUAUGACAAAGCCAACUUUGUCUGAAAGUGAAGCAGAGGAUGAUCCAUCAAGUCAUGUAACUUUACCACAAAAAUUGUCUUCUAGAGGAAAUCAUGAACAAAGCACCAGUGCUAUUAGAUUGUAUGAAUUGGGGCCCAGACUUACAUUGCAGUUGAUAAAAGUGGAAGAUGGAUUGUUGGAUGGUGAAGUAUUAUAUCACGAACUCAUCAGUAAAACUGAAGAGGAAAAAUUAUUAAUCCAGAAAAAGCGUGAAAAGAAACGGAAGUUAAAAGAAAAAAGGAAAAAGAUACAAGAAGAAAACAAAAAGAAAAAAGAAGACAAAAAACAAGAAUUGAAACAAAAGUCUCUAGAAGGCAUUAAAAAGAAGAAAGAAAACGAUAUUCUCAUGCAAAAAUAUGCUAAAGAAUCAGCUGAAGCCACCAAUCAAGAAGAUGAUGAUGCUCAGUAUUAUAGAGAAGAGGUUGGAGAAGAACCAGAUAAAGAACUUUUCCAAAGUACAGUGGGAAACAAAAGACCUCGUUCGUUUGCUCCAAGGUAUAAGACGAAAAAAAUGAAACUCAGUACUGAUAAAGUAAAGAAAAAGGAAUUCAAGAAAAAAUAGAUUAAUCUAUUUUAAUUAUUGAAAUGUGACUUUGUAAAUACACAAACGUUUGUUUUGUAAAAACUAUUUUUUAAUACAAACUACUUCGUUGAAUGCGUGUAUAUAAGUACACUUCUGAUAAGUGAAUCGAUACUUACAUAGCAUAUUGUUUUUCAAUAAAAUGUGUCAUUAAAAA